AUGGGGGCCACCAAGCGCUGCCUGGUAGUUCAACACGAAAGGUGGCCUGCUCGGUCGGACAGCUUGAUGUCUCCUGGACAGAUUGGAUGCUGGUUGAUGAGUAAAUUUGCCAAGUUUGUACUGGACACAAGAUUUUGCCAACCACACACUGGAAUCAAUAAGUUUUUCUCUGUAACUUCCUUGAACUGGUGGAAUGAUAUUAAAAAAUUUACAAGAUUGGUAUACGCAAGUGAUCCAACGGUGACAGCACAGCAAGUAUUUAAUCAAUACGCUCAAAGCCUAUUUGAAAUUUCAACCAUCAAGAACAUUGAUCCCGAUGUUGUACAACAUACUCAUAAUCUUCAUAAAAAUAUUAUUAAAACAGAAUAUUUGAAAAUUAUCGGAGAUACUUUGAUGAAAAAAAUACAUGAUGAUUCGAAAAAAAGGAAGAGAAAAACUAUUCGAACCCGAAAAAAUUUUCAAACUGCAAAAUCCAAUGAUAUAGAAAAUCGAAGAACAGCUGUAUAUAAUGACAGCUAUGAUUUGAAUGCCGAAAUAAAUAAUUUUUUUCAAAGUUCACAUCCGUCCAAUCUGUUCUUUAAGCGAGAUAAUUGCUCCAAAUGUUUUAUGGAGAUUAAUAUCUCCGAACUAUUAAGGUUUUGUUCAUACUGCGGAAGUAAAAUUGUGUUGUCUGAUGACGUUAACGAGCUUGAGAGUGAUGAGGAUGGAUCAGUUAAAUCUGAUUGUGGAGCAGAUGAAAAUAAGAACGAUAAUGAUCUUCCUAAAAUAAACAAAUUGGCAUUUCGCGAAGUACACAAUGCUAUUCCAGAUACUGCGAAGAUGCAUUUGAAGUCGGGAAAGAUAGUAGAGGAUGUUCUUUUCGAUUUCGCCAAAGAUAUGGAGCAUGAACAGGCAUUGUUCACUGAGGCGGAAUGGAAUGAAUUAACUGAAGAUCGAAUUAGAAUUCCAGCUGUUCCGCAUGAAAUUGCGAAAGAGCUGAUGAGAUACAGGAAAACAACAUUAAGCGAGCUUCGUAAUUCUGUUAUGACAUCGUAUUUACAAGAUGGAACAAUUUAUAAUAUCAAUAAGCAUUACGAUCAGGAGUGGAUACAAAUGGCAGUGCGAACACUAGUCAACCUAUAUGAAAAUAUUGAUUCCCCCUUAAUCAGAAACCAAUACGAAGAUUGGUUUACUGUUUCUUUUUUCGGGACGUGCAUCGACUUCUGUAUGAGGGAUAUUCAAUUGGGCACGGAUAUUAAGAGGACUGAUGCACCAUCACUAGCUAGUCCCAACAGGAAAAACCGUGGUCGGUCAGGAAACACAAACACCAGGAAAUUGACUGGACGCAAAAUCGAUGGGAUAGUAUAUAUAGUUGACAGACUUAUUGAAGUGGGAGCCAUUGAGGCGGCGAGAUCAUUCUUAGGAGUUUCGGACCAAAAAUAUCUUCUUGAAACAUUCAAAAUGCCAAAAACUCUUCGUGAUAUAUAUGUUGAUCUUGUGAGAACUGCAAAUUACGAAGAUCGAAAAGCUAACAAUAUUCAGGUAUUUGGUAUCUUGCACCUUGGGUUAUGGAUUCAAUUUGCAAGACUGUGGCGUGCUGGUGGUUCAGUUUGUAUUUUUCGGAAAGACCCUGUAUCUCACCAUGUAGAUAGUAAAUUCUCUGAAGAUGGAAUAAAAUCUUUUCUCAAACUUAUGGCAGCGAUAUAUCAACACAAGCUUAUCAUAAGGAAUAACUUACAAACAUUGAAUAUCCGGAAUACAAAUAUUGAGCCAACGGAUGAAGACUUUUUAAAUGAGCUGUUAGAAGUUGGAGAUUAUUCUGCUUCACCAACAUCAAAUAUUUUUUUUGCCGACUCUUGGCCUACCCCAAGAAAAAAGAGAAAGAAUUCAAAGAAAAAGAAUGCAAGAAAAAUGAGAAAGUUGUAA